AUGUGGAGCUUUACAAAACUUGAAAUUAUUUUCAUUUUCAAUUUAAGUCCAUAUUUUUCAAAGGUUGCGCUCUCCAACCUCAAACUUUCUAUUCCGACAAUUGAAUUCUUUCAUAAGCGUUGUACUUCUCUUACAGAAAAAGACAAAUCCAUUUUUGUAUACUACCGCCACGAGCGAUCAUAUUCCCAUGAGCAUACUACAGAGUUAAACAUCGAGAGAUCAUUCGUGGCAGAGAUACCUAUCGUUCGGAAGUGUGCUGAAUUUGUGCAGAUGGUGUUGUUAAGUUGGCGAGUGUGUAAAUAUGAUAAGGACUGGCAGUGGUCAACAUAUCCACCUCCGACCAAGCAGUUUCAUCAACAUCCUCAUGGGAGAGAAGCAGAAUUAUUAUCAGACAGUGAAAGAUUAUGGAGUUCCUACUACGAAGGCUGGACGUGUCCCCCCAGCCCACAAAAAUUUGGCGAAAUUGUGUCAGUGGUCAGUAUUAAUAGUGAGGAACGAAAGAAAUUUAAAUGCCCUAAUUGCCUGAAAGGUUAUUGCUCCAGAGGUACAUUGUUACGACAUUUGAAGUUAGAAUGUGGGAAAGAUCCACAGUUCCAUUGUCCUAAUUGUAGCUAUCAGACGAAACAUAAAAGCAAUCUCCAAAGACAUCUAGCAAUACACAGAAUAGAUUAGGUGAAAUGGUAGCAUGCCGUGGAAAACGUGUGUAUUUAGAGCGCAGCCAGCUGAAUAUCUGAUGUAACAUACGCAAGACAAAUCUUAGCUUAAAAUAUUUAUGUUUGAAAGGUGUUGUAAACUGAUUAUAUGGUAAACCAGCAACUGAAUUAUGAAAUGGGAAGAUUUGUUGCACUAAUUAACUUCUUUGAUCUCUCUCUCUCUCUCUCUCUCUCUCAUAUGUUGAGAAGGAGAAUAAAAUGUCAUUAAACAGUAUGGACAUAUGAAAGCAGUUAUAGGAAAGAUGACUUAGAUUUGUUAUGAGUAUUCUGGAAAAGUGUGUUGUGUACCUGUUUGGGUAACCACGUUUGGAAUCUUUAGAAGUAGACCUAGUAGCGGAGUAUGAAGGAAUUUUGAGUGCAGUGUUAAAAUCAUAAUAAGUUGGUAUGGUUCAUAGGAGAGAGUAACAGAGAAGCUUAAGGAAGUUAAAUGGGAACUGUUGGAGCGAAGAUAGUGUUAUUAUUAGGAAACAGUAUUGAGUAAAUUUGGAGAACCACUAUUUAAGUUUCACAGUGUGACAAUACUUUUGCCUCUGUUUCUAUGCAUCUGUUCAUGAGAGUAGGUUAAGAGAGAUUAGGAGAAAUGUGAAAGCAUACCAGUAGUAAUUCUAGGAACAAACGGGAGGAGGGGGACGAUAAGUAAUGGUAGUAAAUACUCUCUUCCAUGCAGCGUACAGUGGAUUGUGUAGCAAGAAUGGAUAAAAAAAAUCAUAUUCUGGAUAGAAAAAUUAAAAAAAAUCAGUUAAAUAAUAAACACACGUACCCUCUGUUUACUCACCACUGAUAACUGUAUGACAUUCGUGCACAUCUUGUUUAUACAACAGCUGAUUAAGUGUAGUGUUUCAUUGCCUUGUUUUUUCAGUAUUGCCAGUGGUAAUAACUUCUCAAAUAAUGUGCGGAACAGCAAUGAAUGUGCUAUUCAAAUUACAAGCAUUGCUGUUUUUAUUUUGCUUGAAGAGGCAAAUAUUAAAUUGAGGCUUAUUUGAAAUUCUAAUCCAUACUAGCUUUCUAACAGAGAACACACAGCACACACAAAAUAAGUUAAGAUUCCAAAAUGGAGUAUUAUGGUGUCAUAUUCUAGAUUUAGAUAGAAAUUUACUGGACUUCUAUUAGGUUGUGUGUCAUUUAGAUUCAAAAACUUGUAAAUUAUCUUUGUGUUCAAAAUCCAUCACUCCAAUGAAAUAUAUUCAAGUGGCAGGAUAUUUUAGUCUCAUUUUAUUGUUGUUAUUGUUGUUGCUGCUCAUUCCUUGUUUCAUACAUAAUGUUAUUCAUGAUAUGAACUACACAAAAUAAUUAAAAUUGUCCCUAGUAUUGUAAUAAUGGAAACAUUUCAUCUGAGAUGUUAAUGAAAUGAUCUGAGAUGUUAAUGAAAUGAUCUGAGAUGUUAAUGAAAUGAUCUGAGAUGUUAAUGAAAUGAAAAUGAUUUGUUAAUGUAUAUCCCCAAGUGUUCUCAGAAAUGUCAAAUGCCUAUCAGAGGUGGAUAAACGAAGCGGUGUGCAGUGAGUUAUGUACACAGUGUUUUUUCAAUAAUUAAGCAUAAGAAUGUAAAUGGGAUAGCUGUGAAGAGAGAAUAUUGACUGCUUUAGUGAAGGGAAUUUGUAUUGGAAAUGAUUCGUAGUAACAGUCUACAUUGUAUGCUUAAAACAUUUGUUUUGGGCAUGCCACUUUUAUAUUAAUGGCACACACAUUAGAGUUUAAUAA